AUGGCUUUUGGAAGAAAGAAGGCCGAGUUAGAGCGCCAAAAUGCGCAGCUGAAGCAGCAGCUGGCUGCCUCGCGACAGACGCCUGCGGCUGGUACGAUGGCGCCGUCAGGGCAGCGCCCGGAAGUGUCUUGGUCUAACGCUCAGCAGACUUUGUACGUCAAAUAUACCCCGACGGUGGCUAUUCAGCCGCCGACUACCUCAGUGGUCAUGCAGCAGCCGCCCGCGGCCACCCCAGUGGUCAUGCAACGGCCGACGGCUACCCCAGUGGUUCUGCAGCCGUCGGACCUGCAAUCAACUCCCAGGGCACUCGGGCACGCAGUGUCGCUCCCUGUUCAAGCUCACAUGCCCGUCCAAGCAUCUAACCUAUCACAGGCGUAUCCCGCCGCUCAGAUGUACUCUGCCGGUCAGGCGUACUCUGCUCCUCCGACGUACCCUAUUACACAAUGCCAGCUUGCCUCCAGCUGCCAGAGCUGCCUCCAGGGGGGCAACUGUCAGCAGGCCACCGGAGGAGAGUAUGCCAUGAUGGGCGCUGUCGGCAGCGCUCCAGGCUGCUGCACAGCGACCUGUUGUGCCCACACCUGCAAAUGCAAACGCAGCCGCCCAGCCGGCCGCCGCUGCAAAUGUGGACGCCCUUGCAUCUGUUCAGAUAGCAACUAA